AUGGCCCCUCCCACUCCCUCCUCCCAUCGCCCGCGCAAGAAGAGAAAGACGCCCACGGCUCCCGGCUCCAAUAACAACCUCAUAUUAGACAACGGAGACGGAAAUCAAUCGCCAGCAUUCCCGUUGGUCUCAUUUCUUUGGGCAGCACGAGCAGGUGUCUCGCAAUGGCUGAUCUUGCCACUUACUCUUAUGGCUGUCGGUCUCUUCCGAUGGGCCGUCAGUCUAUGGGGUUACUCAGGCUUCCAGGUUCCUCCUAUGCAUGGGGACUUUGAAGCGCAAAGACAUUGGAUGGAAAUCACCUCCCACUUGCCCAUGUCUAAAUGGUAUCUUUACGAUUUGCCAUACUGGGGCCUCGAUUACCCGCCAUUGACCGCAUACCACAGUUGGCUCCUUGGAAAGAUUGGCACCGCUAUUGAGCCUGCUUGGUUCGCCCUCGACGAAUCCCGCGGUUUCGAAAGCCCGGACCUCAAAGUUUACAUGCGUGCCACUGUCGUGGUAUCCGAAUACCUGAUUUAUGUUCCUGCUGUUGUCAACUUUCUUCGUCGCUAUACCCGCAUGCAUGGUGUGCAUGCUUGGUCUGCCUCUAUUGCUCUCGUCGCAAUCCUGCUCCAGCCGGCUACUAUCCUUAUCGACCAUGGCCACUUUCAGUACAAUACUGUUAUGCUAGGAUUGAUGGUUGCAAGCUUGGAUGCGAUCAUGGCUGGCCGCAUGCUUUGGGCUUGUAUCUUUUUUGUGGGUGCCCUGGGCUUCAAGCAGAUGGCUCUCUACUAUGCCCCGGUCAUGUUCGCGUAUCUUCUGGGCGUUUGCGUUUUCCCACGGAUCAAUAUCCCACGCCUCAUCAACAUUUCUCUCAUUACAGCCGCGGCAUUUGCUCUACUUUUUGCCCCCCUCUUGCUUGGCGCGACGAGUAUCGAGGCCCGAAAGGAAUUUGCAUCCGCACCACAGCCACCUCUGCUGCAGUCGCUUCCAAUUUCUUUGGAUAAGAAUUCCGUGGCAUAUGCACUGUUGUUCCAGCUAACCCAGACUAUUCAUCGCAUUUUCCCUUUUGCUCGUGGCCUGUUUGAGGACAAGGUCGCCAAUGCUUGGUGCGCGAUUCAUACAUUCUACAAGUUGCAUCACUUUGAUACUUCCUUGCUCCAGCGGGCGUCUCUUGGUGCCACCUUGGGCUCGAUCAUCAUUCCCUGUGGUAUCAUUUUCCGCCACCCUCGGGCUUCUCUCCUACUCCCUGCUUUAUCCUGCGUCUCGUGGGGAUUCUUCCUGUUUUCUUUCCAAGUACACGAAAAGAGCGUCCUUCUUCCUCUUCUCCCCAUGACUCUCUCGCUUGCCGGCGAUGGUGGAUUGAGCAAAGAAAACCGCGCCUGGGUUGGCUGGGCUAACGUUCUUGGCUCCUGGACCAUGUUUCCCCUCUUGAAGCGUGAGGAGCUCCGCAUGCCUUACGCCGUCAUCACCCUUCUCUGGGCGUAUCUACUCGGUCUGCCCCCACUCUCUAUAGAGACAUAUCGGAGCCGUUCAUCUCCGGAAGAUCCCAACUCCAACUUCGAACUGAAUGUUUUUACCAAACUUCUGCACAUCAUGUUCUAUAUUGUCAUGGCUGCUUGGCAUGUCGGUGAAGCGUUUGUUCCUCCUCCUCCUGGAAAGCCGGACCUGUGGGUUGUACUCAACGCCCUUGUUGGGGCAGGUGGAUUUGGAAUCGCUUAUCUCUGGUGCAUGUGGAAGUUGGUUACACAAUGCCGUCAAAUUGACCGCCGAGGGGCCGAAGAGGAAAUUCGAAAGAAGAAGCAGUGA